AAAGAAAUGGCGUAUAUUCGCGAGCUUCUUGCUCUUCUCAAGGCCGCCAACGAGGAGAGUAAAUCAGCCCACAAGCAAGAUGUCUCGCGUGCCGUGCGCGACCGCAUCAACAGCCACAUCUUGGAUGUUCUCAAAACCGCCCGACGUAUCCGCGAGCGCCUCGAAGCAAUGGACCGCUCCAAUGCCGCCAAUCGCCGUCUCUCCGACUGCCGCGAGGGAUCAGCCAUCGAUCGGACCCGAACUUUGGCGACCAAUGGGCUCCGAAAGAAGCUCAGGGAGCUAAUGACCGAUUUUCAGACAAUAAGGCAGAGGAUGGUGGCUGAUUACAGGGAGGAGGUGGAGCGCCGUUACUUCAUUCUAACAGGGGAGGUACCGCCGGAGGAGGUCGUGGAGAAGAUUAUUUCCGAGGGGAAGAGCGAGGAGCUGCUAAAGACAACCAUCUGUUCAAAUGGGCGGGGCAUGGUUACUGAGGCGUUAAGUGAGAUCCAGGAUAGGCACGAUGCGGCUAAGGUUGUGGAAAAGAGUCUGCUUGAACUCCACCAGUUAUUCUUGGACAUGGCGGUGAUAGUUGAGAUACAGGGUGAGAAGAUAGAUGAUAUAGAACACCAUGUCUCGAACGCCGCUCACUACAUCAAGGGCGGGACCAAGGAGCUCAACCAUGCUAAGAUAUACCAAAGGAGAAGCCGCAAAUGGUUCUGCCUCGCAAUUAUUCUUCUUCUUGUUCUUGUGCUGCUCAUUGUUAUCCCAAUCGCCACCAGCCUGAGCAAUUCAUGAGUACCUUACUCUUGCUUGGUUAAUUGCGUAGCAUUUUACUGAA